AUAAGAUGUGGUGCUGGAAUCACCUCUUAGGGUUUCGGUGAGUGCGCGCUCGUGUUUCUUGCCCGCCGCUAAGCCGACCUCAGAAGGGGCGACCGGGGAGAACACCGUUCCGGAAUGGGGAAGGGCACGGGGAGCUUUGGGAAGAGGAGGAACAAGACCCACACGCUCUGCGUCAGGUGCGGCCGCAGGAGUUUCCACCUCCAGAAGAGCCGUUGCGCCUCCUGCGGAUACCCCGCCGCUCGAAUCCGCAAGUAUAAUUGGAGCGUGAAGGCCAUAAGGAGAAAGACAACAGGCACGGGAAGGAUGAGGUAUCUUCGUCAUCUGCCUCGAAGGUUCAAGAGCAAUUUCAGAGAAGGAACUCAAGCAACUCCAAGGAAGAAGACUGCAGCAGCGGCAGCUCUUUAAGCUUGCUUCCAUUUGGAUCACAGGCACCAAGAAGCAUUUUAAGCAGUUCCAUUUUUUACCUUUGUUUUUUUGAAUCUGGUCAAUUUAGGUUGUAGCAAAUUUCUACUAUUGAAAAUUGAAGGAUAUAAUUUUUCACAUGCUUAAUUUUGUCAAAGACCAUUUGGUUAUCCGAAGGAACCAUCCACUUCUUGCCACUUGCUAACUUUUGAGUCAAUUAAAUGGAGCUUGAGGGGCUGUCUUCUGCUUGGUCGGAUUUUUAUCCACUAUUUUUCUAU